AUGAUCCUUGUCGCGAAGAAGUUCGGUGUUUGCUGUGACGUCCGGGUUGCAUCGCAAGCUCUUAAAGGAGCGAUGCCGGUGUGGUAUCAUAUAGGAGAGGAGAGCGGAAGGUCUAUGGCAAACACGAAGGCAGGGAAAUGUUUGAGGAAGAACCAUGGAGUCAAAACGGUGGCACAGGCGGACCUUGUAACACGGCGACUGAGGCCGGAGGACCCCGACCACGUCCCUAGGCGAGAUUGUGAAUGCGCAGAGUGUGUGAGCGACCGGAUGGAACGAGGGUGUGAAAAUCCGCACAAAUGUGCGUUGGCGGCGGAGAGGCUGGUGGAGAGGCUGCGCCCGAUGUGGAACCUGGCGCAGGACGGGGCGGCAGAUGGGCUAUCGCUGACCCAGUGUAGAAAAGAGGCAAAUGUUGAGGCGCGAGCGAAUGACGAGCGCAUACUGUUUGAACCGUCGAUCACGCAGGACAGCUCGCUGUCCUCGGUCUUUCGUGCUUUCACGAACCCGGUGAGGGCGACGACAGUGGCGGCGCUCAGACCGCCGAGACCCUUCAAUGUGGAAGAAGAGGAGGUGGAGGUAUUCACUGAUGGGUCGUGUAUACAUAAUGGUAUGGCAGGAGCGGUGGCGGGGAGUGGUGUGUGGUUCGGAACCGCAGACCCCCGAAACGAGGGCGCGCGAGUCCCGUAUGAUGCGCAAUCAAACCAAACGGCUGAAAUCUAUGCGGUUACGAUGGCAGUAAGAAAAGUACCGCCAUUUGCGCCGCUGCACAUCGUUAGCGAU